AUGUGGGUGUCCCGUGCAGUCUGGGCGGUGCUUCUCGCCGCGGUCGCCAUGAUGACCGCGCCGUUGGUCGUGGACGCCUUUUACAUCCCCGGCGUGCAGCCCAAGUACUACGCGGAGGGCGAGAUGGUGCCGUUCAUGGUGAACUCGCUCCGCUCCCUGAAGGUGCUUUUUCCGCAGAGCUACUACAAGCUGCCGUUUUGUGCGCCCAAGACGCUUGAGACGAAGGCGGAGGCCAUUGGCGAGGUUAUCUGGGGGGAUUACAUCCAGAACUCCCUCUACUCGGUGCAGAUGAAGGAAAACUCCACCUGCACGCGGCUUCCCGGUUGCGACGUGGAGGAGAACAAUCGCGACAUUCGGAACAAAAUCGGCAUGCUGGAGAAGUACAUCGAGCGGGGCUACCGAGGCUUUAUGAACAUUGACAAUCUUCCCGUCUUUGGGGAUGCACUGCCCGGGUAUCUCGCCCCCUGCAGGGCCAAGUUAAAAGACAUGCAGUACACCUACUACCGCGGCUACCCCCUCGGUGUGCCCCGUAUGUGCGUGGGCAAGACACUCAUCAACAAUCACCUGGACUUUGUCAUUGAGUACAACACCGCUCCAGGGGAUAGCGAAAAGUUCAUGGUUGUUGGUCUAAGGGCGACACCCUACAGCAUUAAGCACGAAAGCAAUGCAAGCAGUUGUAACAAGGCUAUGAAGUUCAGAAAGGGCGAGAUGAAGGUUCUCACCACAGAUGACGUCCGUGCGGGUGCGAAGGUGUAUUGGACGUAUAGUGUCACAUGGCAGCCCUCAACCGUCCUUUGGGCGACACGUUGGGACGCCUACCUUCAUAGCUCCAUCGCAGACUCUAGUGCCACUUUUCAUUGGCUUUAUGUUUGCAGUAGCCUGCUGAUUGUGCUCUUGUGCGCCACCGCCGUCGCCACGGUAUUGAUGCGAGCAUUACACAAGGAUUUUAACCGUUACAAUUCUCCCGAUCCUGACGAUAAUCAGGAGGAGACGGGUUGGAAACUCGUGCAUGCCGAUGUGUUUCGUGUCCCAAAUAGGGCACCGCUGUUGGCAGCACUCGCGGGUAACGGGUUCCAGGUGUUGGCCAUGUUCACUGGGGUGUUACUCUUUGCGUUGUUGGGCUUCCUUUCCCCUGCGCGGCGUGGUGCUCUUCUGACCGCCAUCAUCCUGCUUUUCGUGUUUAUGUCCGUGGUGGCUGGGUAUGUGUGUGGGUUCCUGCUGAAGUAUUUUAACUGUCGUGAAUGGAGGCACGUGUUCUUCUGUGGCUGUGCCUUCCCUGGGACGAUACUCAUUAUCUACGCCUUUGCAAACACGAUCAACUGGGCGCACGGCUCCACGGACACCGUCUCCUUCUCCGUCCUGCUCACCAUAUUCUCGCUGUGGCUGCUGAUCAGUUUGCCGCUGACAGUGUUGGGUGCCUCCUUUUCAUUUAGGCAGGAGCCACUCACGAACCCCGUGAGAGUAGGCCGUCUGGCGCGGGAGAUCCCACCGCAGGUGUGGGCAAACAGUCCCGCUUUUUUGUACACCAUUCCCCCCAUCUUUCCCCUUUUCGCAAUUAUCUUGGAGCUGAAUUUUGUACUGCAGGCUCUCUGGGCCGGCCAGGUUUACUACGUCUUUGGCUUCCUUGCCCUGGUCUUUCUGCUCUGGGUCGCCAUUGCCGCCCUCGUGACGGUCUUCCACCUGUACUACGUGCUCUGCUACGAGAACCACCAGUGGUGGUGGAUCAGCUUCAUCCUCCCUGGGGGACUAGGAAUUCACGUUUUUCUCUACUCCAUCUACUUCUACGCGACGCAGCUUGCCAUCAGCUCGUUUGCCUCAACGCUGCUGUACUUUAUGUACAUGGGGCUGCUAUCCUACGCCUAUGGCCUCGCGGCAGGGGCGGUUGGGCUCGUUUCGGGCAUAUGUUUUGUGCGCAAGAUAUACGGGAGCAUCAAAGUUGACUGA